GCCUCCGAGGUGGGCAAGCUCUGACCCCCAGCAGGCCGAGCCGCUGCACCAAGCGCACGCACGCCCGCCAGGUCACCUCUGCCAGUAUGGUGUAAGGAACCCUACGGACACUAGUGGGGACGUGGUGAACCGCCAACUGCACAGCUCACUGUUUAGAUACGCCUCGGCAGAGAGCCAGGAUUUGACCUCUCCACAAUGGCAACAGUCACAGUGACCACAGAAGUUGCCCCAAGGACCAGGACCAAAGAGAACUCUGCCUUGUAUGAGUCCACAUCGGCUCGCAUCAUUGAAGAGACCGAGUAUGUGAAAAAGAUUCGAACUACUCUGGAAAAGGUCCGAAAUCAAAUGUUUAAAGAUGAAGCGGGACCUAGCAAUGCAAAUAACGUAAGAGAUGCAAAGCGCUGUCAAAAUGGCUCUGGCUCUGAAGUGGGCCCCUCUGGUGUGAACACGUUGGAUCGACUCAUGGAAAGGAUGAGAGGAAAAGAGCUACAGCUCCUAGAAAUGAACAGAGAGAAUGAAGUAUUGAAAAUCAAGCUGGAAGCAUCCAGAGAAGCUGGGGCAGCAGCUCUGAGAAAUGUGGCACAGAGAUUAUUUGAAAACUACCAGCGGCAGUCUGAAGACGUCAGAAAAGGGCAUGAGGACCACAGACACUCUCUGCAGGUUACCAAGCUUGAGAAAGAACAGACACUGAAACAGCAUGCUGAACAUUUGAAUCAAGUUGCUGUAAAGCUAGAAGAAAAGCACAACAGAAUCACGGAAUUGGAGAACCUUCUGCAGCAAAUGGAGAAGGAAAAGAGAAUGCUGUUGGAAAGGAAAACAUCUUUGGAAAACAAGCUGCUACAACUCAAACCCAGCGCUGCAUAUACGAAAAGUUGCCAGGAUCUUCAAAUGGAGAUUGCCACUCUGCAGGAGCAGAUCUCCCAUCUGCAGUCUGUGAUUCACUCCCAACAUCAGACCCUGCGCGGUGUCAUCCAGGAGAUGGAAGGGUUGAAAAAAAGUGUAAAAGAACAAGAUAAAAGAAUUGAAAAUCUGAAGGAAAAAAUUAAAAUUCUUGAAGCUCAGAAUAAAGAACUAAAGACCAAGGUGGCAUUCUGGUCUGAGACGCCUAGGCCAACAGUCUCUAAGGCAGUGUCUACAGGUGAACUGAGGACUGAAGGCACCACCCCUUAUUUGAUGCUGAUUAGACUACGGAAAUGAACUGAGUGGUGAAGAUCGGACUGGAACAUAUCAUUAUGUGGUUCUUAUUUAUUCUUUGAAGUACAGUUCACACUUGUAUGUUGAAAUCGCCCACUAAUUACACUAAGACAUCACGAGUUUUUCCGGAACACAACAUUCCAGAAAAUCAAACGCAUAUCUAACAGAAGGAAAUUUUUCUUCAAAGCUUACUAAAUGGGUGAAGAAAUCAGAAGUUUUCCCAGAGUAGACGUUAAGUUCUACUUUAAAGGUUUUUUUGUUUUUAUCUUGUUAUCAGAAGUAUUUUUCAAGAGAUUGGUUUAAGGUUGGCAACAAUGACAUUAAACUUGGUCUUUGUAUACAAAGAA